AUGAUAGAUAAAAAUGAUCAACGACUACUUUCAUCUGCUCACUCUGCAGUAACACCAAGACAAUAUAGACAAUCAAGUCUUCCUAGAGUUUCUCGUCAACAAUCAAUUGAGAAACGUAUCCAUCGAAAAAAAACAAAUAGUGCAAAAUCAAUGAUUAUCAUUCAUACAAAAAUUCGAUCACAGAAUAACUCUCUUACUGGAAAUGAAAAUAACAAUGUCAAUAAUAUUGAUAAAUUUCCUUCAAUUAAUGAUCUUGUGAAUUCAAAAUCAAGUUUUAAUCAAAGUUUAAAUGAAUGGUCAAAUAAUAAAACACAAUCUGCUCAUAUUAAAUCACAACAUUCAUCAUUAUCUAAAUCACAUAUUGAUCAGAGACAAAUAAAAAGUUCAACACAAUUUAACAUUGAUCACAAUAGAAAAUCAAAAAAACGAAC